UUGCGAUAUUAGCCAAUCUCCUGCACGACAAUUUAUGCAGGUUGAGCAGGCUGAGAUUAUCCCAGAUGACAUUUUAUGCAACAUGUGCCAUUUGUUUGUUUGUUCUCCUGGCUCCUUUCAAAGUGCUUAUUUUUAUCAGGCAUGACAUGAACUAAGCUUCACAGGGAUUCCUCAACUUACAUGCACACAUACAAUAUUAUACGGCAUUGGUCAAGUCUGCCCCUGACUGGAUCGCUCAGUGACUGUCACUCGGGGUUGCUCUUGUUUGCUGACAUCAUGUCUUUAGACUACGGCCGUGCGGAAAUCUCUUUGCACCGACAUCGGCAGUAGCCGCCGCUGCUCCUUGCCCUCGUCCGGCUUUGGUGCAGAUGCGCAAUUAAGGUGUAGCGUAUUAUGGCAAUCACCGAUCGAUCCUGUCGGCCUCCUUGUUAGCGGAUUGAGCCGUAGCGGGUGUUGGUGCAGUGGGCGAUGCUCAGCCUUGAAAUUUUCCCAUCAACUAUCGCGAAUAGCGGGGUACUACUGAAUCCUCAAGCCUGACAUCACCUGCAGCCCUUGACAAGGGCAGCCUCCAAGCGACUCGAAAGAAAUACAUGCAGUACAGCAUCUUGACCUACAACCAGAGCAUCUCAUUUUGUCUCACCUUCUCUCAUCCUGUGGCAUCGCCUACAACCGUAAGUCCGAGUUUGUACUCCUAGACCUGGUCAGGUAGAGAGUAUCUGGCGCAGUGGGCCAGCUCGACAGGCCUGGCUCGUGGUGAAGCACAGAGUACCCCAGACCCUGAAUUUUGGCAGGUCCUUGCGAUGGACACCGACCGUGUUGUACUGUCGCCAAAGGCCGUGGCAUCCCCCGGCGCCGGCGAGGAUGGCCCGGACCAGGUCUUGUCCCGUCGGAGUGCCCUUAUUCUUUACGGCUCCGAAACCGGGAACGCCCAGGAUAUCGCCGAGGACCUGGGCCGCACACUGGAGCGGUUGCGGUUCCGAACCUCUGUUGUCGAGAUGGAUGAUGUCGGGCCGAAAGAGCUGCUCCAGCACUGUCUAGUCAUCUUUGCCGUGUCAACCACAGGUCAGGGGGACAUGCCGCAGAACGCCUCGAAGUUCUGGCGGAGUCUACUCAGGCGAAAGCUCCCGCCUUCAUGCCUAAGCAGGCUAGCAUAUACUUGCUUCGGGUUGGGUGACAGCUCCUAUCCGAAGUACAACUGGGCCGCAAGGAAGCUAUGUAAAAGGCUGGGUCAGCUGGGCGCCCUUGAGGUCUUUACUUCAGGAGAGGGGGAUGAAAGACACGACGACGGGAUUGACACCGUCUACCUCCCUUGGAAGGGGAACCUGCGGUCUUGGAUUUUGGCCAACCACCCGCUACCAGGGGAUAUACAGCCGAUUCCUGACCAAGAGCCCCAAACGCCGCGCUUCACAUUGCUCAUCGACGAGAGCGCUCCAAAGGCACCGGCCUCCGACCCGAUCCAUCAGCAAUAUGAUAAGGAUAAGGCACAACCCUCGGAGGCACCAUCGGCCGCAUUACUUCUCCCGAUACGAGGCGGCAUCACGGCGACCCUCCGGAGCAAUGAGCGGGUGACGCCCGCGGACCACUGGCAGGACGUGCGCCUGCUCCGCCUCGACCUCGAGACCUCGCCCGCGGAGCCCCUGCGGCCGGGCGCGACUAUGACCAUCUACCCCAAGAACCAGCUCUCCGACGUCGACGCCCUCAUUGAGCGCAUGCGGUGGCAGGACCAAGCAGACCGCCCGCUCCGCUUCCCCAACGGCGCCGCCUCCCUCCCCAAGGGGCUCGCGUGGUGCGCGACGACGGCGGCGACGACAGCGAUAACGCUGCGCGACCUGCUCACACACGGCCUCGACAUCACGGCCGUUCCGCGCCGCGGCUUCCUCGAGAGGUUGUCGUUCCUGGCCUCGGAGCCGGACCAGGCCGAACGCCUACGCGAGCUGGCCGACCCGGCGGCCGCGCACGAGUUCUACGACUACACGGCGCGCCCGCGCCGCACCAUCCUCGAGAUCUUGCGCGACUUCCCCUCGGCCCUCGUCCCCGCGUUCUCGGCUGCUGACGUCUUCCCCGUCAUCAGGGGCCGCGAGUUCAGCAUCGCCAACGGCGGCAGCUCCCUGAACCCUUCCCUUUCCGGAGAAGCGGCGGCAGCAACAACAGCCCCCUUGCGCGUCGAGAUCCUGGUCGCCAUGGUCGAGUACCGCACCAUCAUCCGCAAGCCGCGCGUGGGCCUGUGCUCGCGCUACCUCGGCGGCCUGCAGCCGGGGACCCGCAUCACCGUCACCCUCAAGCAGGGCUCGGGCAUGCUAGGGACGGCAGCAGCCCCAUCAUCACCUUCCAACAAGGCCACCAGCCGCCCCGUCGUGGCCGUCGCGACGGGCACGGGCGUCGCGCCCAUCCGCAUGCUACUGCACCACAUGCGCUCCGCCGCGUCCCCGCCCGCCGAGGCGCUCCUCUUCUUCGGCUGCCGCAGCCGCCGCGCCGACUACUACUUUGCCGACGAGUGGCGCGCCGCCUCGAACGGCGGCGCACUGACCGUCGUGCCCGCCUUCUCGCGCGACCCGGACGCCGCGCUUGAGGACGCCGCCGCGCGCACCGCGGCCCAGGACGAGCCCGUCCUCGCGACUGCCGCCACCGCCACCGCCACGACGGAUUAUGACGUCGAGGCGGCGGCGGCUCGCUUGCUGCUCCGCCGCCAAGACGCCGGCAGCAACUACGUGCAGCACCACAUACGUCGCCACGCGACAAAGGUGGCGGACCUGGUGACGCGCGGCGCCGUCGUCUGCAUCUGCGGCAGCGCCGGCGCCAUGCCGAGGGCCGUCCGGCUGGCGCUCGAGGACACCCUGGUGGCCGCCGGCGUCUGCGCCGGCCCCGCCGAGGCGGCCGAGCAUCUCGCCACCAAGGUAGACGUCUGGCAGGAGACGUGGUGAUCUCCCGUGCGAGCCGAGCACCAUCUCUCUCCCUGUGUGUGCGUGUGUGUGCGCGUGCGUGCAUGGAUUGUCCUGAAUGCCAAGCAUCAUGCUUCUUAACCUGGGUACAUGCUAUUUUUUUUUGCCAUGUUUCGCGUUUCAGCACAUAUAUGGGCGCACUUUCAUGUACUUUGUGAUGUUUCUUUCUUUAUUUUACUUGGGACUUCCAUAAUAGACUAGAAACCGUUUUAUUUCCAAUACGCAUCAAGUGCCAACACCUCCCCAGUUUAGCCUUG